CAGAGGAAGAAGACCAAGGAUAUAUUAUUUGCCCAGUUUCUUAAUAAAGCGACCCAGAAAUUCUUGGUGUAAUGGCUGCAACGAGUGACCAAGAAAUUGAUUCUCUUCUCUCUAGUUUCGAUCAGAUAUACGAGGAUUUCAAGAGUGGAAUAACGGAAAUCCAAUCGCUGAGAUCAAAUUGGAGUGCAGAAGUCAAGAAGAGAGAGGCUCUUGAAGUCACUUGCCGAAGUUUGAAACAUGAAAAUGAGCGGCUGACAAAACUGUACACAGAAUCUUUAGAUAAUAUAGCUGAUCAGCUUGAGUGUCGGAUCAAAUGUCAAAGCCUGAAGGAGGAGUUGAAACGACUCAGUGAUGAGAAUCUCAAAAAAGAAGAGGAACAUAGGAAGGGUAUUGAAUUGCUUAACCAAAACUACACAACUAAGGUUGGAGGAUUAGAAGACCAAGUCAGAGGCUUACUACUUGACAAGGCAACGAGUGAGGCAACCAUCAAUCAACUCAGCCAAGAUUUAGUGGCACAUAAAAGUCACAUGCAAACUCUAGCAAUCAGGUUGGAAAGAGUCCAUUUUGAUGUGGAGUCAAAAUAUCAUCUCGAGGCUCAAGAUUUGAGGGACUGUCUUUUGGUUGAACAGGAAGAGAAGAAUGAGUUGACUAAGAAACUACAGGUUUUAGAAAAGCAAUUAGUGAUCAGCAAAACAAAACUGGUUGAACAGCAGCAAGAUUUGGCUUCAAAUCGUCUUGUUGAAACGCUGAAGGCAAAGAUUAUGAAACUGCGGAAGGAGAAUGAGAUUUUGAGAAGGAAGCUUUCUCAUUCAGACGAGGCCUGAGAGGGUUAGAGGGUAGUAGGUGAAGUUGUUGCAGUGGCAAAGCGAUGGCUUGCCGUUUUGGACUUAACUCCCUGUAUGUAAAACUGACUGCAAUUAAUCCAUCUGAUAGCUAGAUAAAAGAGUCUCAAAGAGUCUGUCCAGAUAGGUCCACAAGUAUGUUUUGGAAAAUGUUACUAUGUUCACUGUUACAUAGACAUGAAGCAAAAUUAAUUUUCACCAGAAGCUGUAGAUCUUUCACCAUAUCAUUAGAAAAUGAAAAUGAUCAUAGAGAUCUUCUGUCAAA